UAUUUGUCCAGUAGGUUUCCCGCUGCGCGGGAAGCCUCGCGUGGGGUGUAACGGCAGGCGGGGCCGCGCCGGCGCGCGGCGCUGGGGGGGGGGAGGGGGCGGGCGGGGCCAUGGCGGCGGCGCAGGGCCCCGCGGCGGCGCUGAGCGCGGAGCAGGCCAAGGCCGUGCUGGCGGAGGUGAUCAAGGCCUUCGGGGCGGCGGAGAACGCGCAGCGAAUGGAGGAGGCGCGGGAUAACGCCUGCAAUGACAUGGGCAAGAUGCUGCAGUUCCUGCUGCCCGUGGCCACCCAGAUCCAGCAGGACGUGAUCAAAGCCUACGGCUUCAGCAACGACGGCGAAGGGGUCCUCAAGUUCGCCCGGUUGAUCAAGUCCUACGAGUCGCAGGACCCGGAGAUCGCUAGCAUGUCGGGCAAGCUCAAGGCUAUGUUCCUGCCACCCAUGACGCUGCCGCCGCACGGGGCCAGCACCGGUGGAGUGGCAACCUCUUGAGACCGUGGACCUGUCCUGCCGUGUUCGGUGCCUGACUGGUGCCCUCCUUCCCGGGUGUGCGUCCCUUCGGCCCCCAGAAUGGAGCUCUUGAACGUGGGAGAUGCUGAUCUGAAAGGAAUGGGGUGCUUUGUGCCUGCUUGUGUGUCUGCUGGUGAAUAAAAAAUACCUUAAAAAUG